GGAUUCCCUGGUUUUCUUCGAUUUCUUGUCUUCUUCUCAAGGCGCCUUCCCCUUUGCUGUCGCAUCCACAGAACCACACUGUCGCUCCUUCUCUGCUCCUUCGCUACGGCAGCCUGCUGUUGCGCGUCUUUUUUCCGCGAGAUUCUCUCGGGGGAGGCUCUUCGUCUUCGCCGCACAUUUCCCCUCGCCUUCGCCCCUCUGCUUCUCGUUUUCUCCCGUCUCUCUCUUUUCGCUUUGUUCUUCUGCUGUCUCCAAGUCUCCCCUCUGCUCUCUGAGCUUUUUUCUGGCCGUCACGCGCGCGUUCUCCAUCUUUCUGAGGUGCUGGUGUUGUUUUCUGUCUCGGUUUUUCUGCGUCACUUCGCCUCGCCCUCGUCUUCUCCUGUCCGCAUUUCUCGUUUCCUCCGUUGACCUUUUCCUUCUCACUUUUCUCUUGACGCGCACUGUCCAUUCCCUUUCUCUCCUCCCUCUGUCUUCCCUUCAUAGUACGCCUGUGUCGCGCUGCGGAGCUGCUUCCUCGGGCGUCUCUCUCGUCUCUCUUCUCUGCAGAUCUUCUCUGCCCUCCUUGUCCGUCUUCAAGAAUUCCUCUUUCUCCCGCUCCUUCACUCAUGGCCGAAACCGCGGACGCUCCAGCGGCGGCUCCGCUCCCCGCGUCGGCUCCGCCUGGAGGCUCAGCAGGUCCUGCAAUCGCUCUCGGCAACAUUCGAGGCUUUGGGCGGAACGAUAUUGGACUCUUCAAGAUGAGUGGAGACUUGUUUGGAUGGAAGAAUCGGAAGACUGGGAGCGUUCACCAGUACAAGGCAGCAGACAUUGUCAGCGCGUCUUGGAUCAUGACUGGUUUCGAUGCCUACCAGCUCCGCAUUCUCCUCGGUCCCCACAAGAACGACCUCAUGGUUCGCUUUGACGGCUUCCACGAAAAGAAUUUUGCGGACCUCAGUCGACACUUUGACGCCCACUUCAAAGUCAAGCUUCAGAGGGGCCAGCAAGCCUACCGAGGCUGGCACUGGGGAGACGUCAAAAUGGAAGGAAACAAUCUGCAGCUGACAGUCGAUGGAUGUGCAGCGUUCGACAUCCACGCACAGGAAAUUGCUCAAGUGACGACGCCGUCGAAGAACGACCUGGCGAUAGAACUCAUUCAAGACGAUACUCGAGAUCAACAAGAAGACCAGCUCCUCGAGGUGCGGUUCUACCAGCCUUUUGCCGGCGACGACGACGCCGAGGGGCCUCUGCAGCAGCUGAAGCAGAAACUGGUCAAGAAAAGCGGCGUCGCCGAGACCAAGAUGGACAGUGUAGCUCUGCUGAACGAUGUGCCUCUCUUGGUACCGCGCGGACGCUACGAAAUCGACAUUGGCAGGCGGGCGCUCAAGUUUCACGGGAAGUCCUACGACUACACCAUUCAGUACAGCAGCAUCAACAGGAUGUUCCUCGUUCCACGACCAAAUUCUCCACAUGUCAACUUUAUUCUCUCACUGGAAAAUGCAAUGCGUCAAGGACAAACGUCAUAUCCCUUCGUCGUCAUGCAGUUCGACAGCGAGAGUGUGCACAGCGUAGAUGUAAAUCUCGAGCCGGCAGAGCUGCAGCAGAGAGGCCUUGAAAAACUCAUUGAAGGAAAAACUUUCCACGUGGUAACAAGGCUCUUUCGCGCGUUGGUGGGGAAGAGCGUCAUUGUUCCGGGAGACUUCAAGAGUGUGAAGCAGCAAUUCGGAAUUGCAUGCAGCUACCGAGCUCAGUCCGGACACCUGUACCCUCUCAAUCGAUCGUUCCUCUUCAUCGUCAAACCCGUCAUAUUUAUUAGAUACGACGACGUUGUCAGCGUUGAAUUCAGUCGCACGGGAGCGAGCACGACAAAUCGUUUCUUUGCGUUCACAGUUUCUGUUCGAGGUGGCGGCGAAUACGAAUUUACCUCCAUCGACCGAAACGAAUACAAGCCGCUGGUGGACUUUCUGAUGGAGAAAGGCAUUCGCAUCAAAAACAUGGAGACUCCGGAGCCUUCGCGCGGAGGCGCUCUGGAGGCAGCCGACCUGCCUUCGGACGACGAAGACGACGACGACUAUGACGAAGACGACUCCGACUCAGAGGACGAAGAUUUUCAGGAAGACGACGAAGACGACAACGCGAGCGAAUCGCCUUCCGAGGAAGAGGAGGAGGACUCGAAGGAGUCCAAGAAAAGAAAGAAGAAAGAAAAGAAAUCGAAGAAGGAGAAGAAGAGAAAGAAGGAGAGAGACUAGGCGGACGAGGAGAA